UCCGCAGCCGUCAGUCAGAGAAUAAGCUGGCAGAGAGUCGGGGGGAGAAAGACAGAGUUUGUUACUGAGGGAAUAACUGAUCCUGCACAAGGAAACGCUCACUAAAGACUCUGACCGAGAGGACAGUCAUGGCAAUCCAGAAGCCAGAGAUUCACCUGUAAACAACAAAAGACGCUCUCCCCCCUCAGACAGGCCUCCCUUUAGCGCUCAUCUAAGUACACACCACAGCGUCUCUGCUGAUGAACAGGAUAGCCCAGAGCGAAUUGUUCAGAAGGAAAAACUCCAUGCAGAACUGAAACAAGUUUUGAGUCAGAAGAGAAGCCAGCUCAGAGACACCCAGUCCACCCUCACAGACAUGGAGGAACCUCCAAAGACAGACAAUAAGAAUGAGGUGGAGAAGGACAACCAGUUGUCAGAGCUUGUGGAAGUGGUUGUUGAAACAGAGGCUGAGGUUGGAGCUAGUGGGUACAGUGUUGUAGGUGGAGGGGAGCAAGGCAUCUUCAUCAAAGAGGUCUUGAAAGACUCCCCAGCAGCGAAGCACCUCAGUCUACAGAAAGGAGAUCAACUGCUAAGUGCCAGGGUGUAUUUUGAUAACGUCAAAUAUGAGGACGCAUUAAAAAUUCUUCAGUGUGCAGAACCCUACAAAGUGUCCUUCUUUUUGAAGAGGACUGUGCCAGGAAGUGAAGUCAGCAUACGCCCAGGUGCACAAAAUCUUGAGCUCAGAGGACCUAAGGCCAAGAUGCAAAGAAUGAGCGUCAAAAGUGUGAAACCAUUCAAAACCAAGAAAAGGAGAGGAGGAAGAUUUGGACUGAAACGACUGAAAGAGAACAAAAAAGCAAGAGCAAGGGCAGAACUGGACGUUGAGGCAUCACCUGGCAGAUCAGACCUCAGUCCUGUUGAUGUUGAGUUUGUAUUCCCAAAAUUCAAGAUAAGAAAAGGUGGCAAGGCCACUGCAGAUGGAUCAGAACAUGUAGAGGGUGUUAUCACUAGUACUAAAAAGAAGAGGAAGAUCAGAUUUCCAAAGAUGAAGGCCAAGGAUGCUGCGGUUGGUGAAGGGAAGGUCAAUUUAGAUGUUUCAACACAUGAGGGAGAGGCCUCUUUAUCCAAACUUAAGGCCAAGAAGAAAGGUCCAAAAUUUGGAAUGAAUUUUCCAAAAAUUAAAAAGUCAAAGUUAGAUGUGCAAUCUUCAACUGACAGUUUUGAGGUGAAAGAACUAGAAGGUAAAUUUACGCCUCCAUCACUAGAGUGUGAUUUCAACAUGCCUCAGGGUAAGGGUGAAACUAAUGUUUCUAAUUUCGAAGUUAGUGUCAAAGGAAAAGGAGAGGGUUCUGAGAUAAAAAUGCCAAAGAUAAAUCUGGAAGUCUCAGAUACAAAGGUGACAGGCCCAAAAUUUAAACUGCCAAAAGUGAGACUUUCUUGUCAUUCAGAUGAAAUUGAUGGAGAGUCAAGUAAAGAAAAUGAUACAUCUGAAAAUAAGCUGAAAAUGCCAAAGACUGAUAUAAAAGCACCAAAUGUGGAUUUGGAUUUGCAUCUCCCAAAGACAAAGGGCAAGGCUGAAUUUAAAGGUGUUGAAGUUCCCGAUUGCACUGUAAAAGGAACAAAAAUCAACACCACCAAGGUUAACACUUCAUUACCAGUGCUAAAUCUUGACGCAAAACAAACAUUUGGAGAUGACAUUGAUGGAUCCAUGGACAUAGAGUAUAAGAUUUCCCUCCCCAAACCUGACAUUGCAGGGCCCAAGAUAAAGACGUCAGAUGUGGACACUGGUCUUCCUACAUUAGAGGUGUCAUUACCAAAGAUGGCUGCAAAAAACAUUGAUACCGAGGAAUAUGUGAGUACUGGGGUAAAAUUUGAAAUGACAAAAUUGGACAUCUCUCCUCCAAAAAUAACAUCCCCUGAGGGUGUGGUCAUAGUGGAAGGACCUGGAGCAAUUCGCAAGCCAAAUAUCAGUAUUCCAGCUGAAGCAAAGGUGGGUGGUCAUUCUGAGAAAGGAGCAAUUGUAAAAAUGCCACAAAUAGAUGUUUCGCACCCAAAAAUGAAAUUACCACAAGGUAAAAUUGAUAUUGAAGGGCCUGAGGUAGAGGGGGAUGCAAAUCUUGAGGGCCACUUUGGAAAAGAGGGAAAGAUUAAAAUGCCUGGAGUAGAUGUCUCCCUACCUAAUGUCAAAUUGUCUGAGCAUGCCAUUGCUGAGGGGCACAAUAUAAAAGAAGGAAAACUGAGUAUCCCAUCAAUUGAAAUUUCACUUCCUAUAGGCAAAACUGAGGUUGGAGCUGAUAUUUCAUUACCAAAAGGAAAAACAAAUGAACAGAUUAACCUUGGGGUUGAGAAGGGAGAUAAGUUUCAGAUUCCUAAAUCUGAUAUAAGUCUACCUAAACUCAAACUACAAGAAGUUGAUUUUGAUGUUAAAAAAACAGAUGGGAAGUUUCACAUACCAGCAACUGAUAUUGAGUUGCCACACAGAAAAGGCCAAAAAGAUGUGGAACCCUCUGGUGAAGGUAGAAAGGUUGAUAUCUCUCUGCCUGCAGUACAAUCUUCUGGUGUUGACAUUUUCUUGCCAAAAAUGAAGUCACCACAAGGUGACAUCAGUUCUGAAGGGCCUGACAGCAAAAGAUUGAACAUGCCACCCGUUGAUAUAUCAUUUCCAAAAGUAACAGACACAGGUAAUGUUGAUCUCAAGAGACAUUCAGGAAGAAUGGGGAAGUUUGAUAUUCCAAAACUGGAUAUUUCCUUACCAAAAUUUCAAUCAACCAAAGGGGAACUUAGUGUGGAAGGGCCUGAAUAUAAAGGUGACACAUUAAAUAUACCUACUUACAAUAUCUCCUCAGCAGAGGUUAAAACCCAGGGUGAUGUUUAUCUGGAGGGAGAAACAAAAAAGGGCACAUUUCAAAUGCCAAAAUUGGAUAUUAAUUUACUACAAAUACAAUCAGUGGGAACUGACAAAAAUACUGAAGGACCUGAAUUGAAAGGUGGAAAGAUAGAUAUGCCAGAUGUUGACAUUACUCUUCCAAAAGCAAGGGUAAAGGGAGAUGGCAAAGUUAAUUUCAGUAAGGGGGGCAAGUUUCAUUUGCCUCAAGUUGAUUUGUCACUUCCGAAGAUUAAAACAAAAUCUCUGGAAGUCAGUAUUGAAGGACCUGAGGUAAAAGGAAGCAAUGUUAACACACCCGCCCUUGAUAUUUUGUGGCCUAAAAAUAAAACAAAGACAAAAGUUGAUAUAGAAAGCCCUUCUGGUACAGGUAUAAAGUAUGAAAUUCCAAAUAUUGAUGUUUCACUGCCAAAAGUAACAGCUCUAGAAGGAGAUGUGGCUGUCAAAGGACCUGCAGGAAAAGGAAGGAAAUUUGAAAUGCCUAAACUUGAUGUUUCUUUGCCUAAAUUGAAACCAUCAGCAGGAGAAAUCAACAUUGAAGGCCCCGAUAUCAAGGGUGGAAAGAUUCACAUGCCGUCUAUAGAUAUCUCUCUGCCAGAAGGACGAGCAGGAGGAGAUGUAGAUGUUCAAGGACCUGCAGAAAAAGGAAGGACGUUUGAAAUGCCAAAAUUUGAUGUUUCCUUGCCUAAAUUAAAACCAUCAGCAGGAAAAAUCAAUGUUGAAGGUCUCGAUAUUAAAGGUGAAACAUUUCAUAUGCCCUCUAUAGAUAUCUCUCUGCCAGGAGGAGGAGCAGGAGGAGAUGUAGAUGUUCAAGGACAUACAGGAAAAGGAGGAAGAUUUGAAAUGCCUAAACUUGAUGUUUCUUUGCCUAAAUUUAAACCAUCAGCAGGAGAAAUCAACAUUGAAGGCCCAGAUAUCAAGGGUGGAAAGAUUCACAUGCCGUCCAUAGAUAUCUCUCUGCCAGGAGGAGAAGCGGGAGGAGAUAUAGAUGUUGAAGGACCUGCAGGAAAAGGAAAGAAAUUUGAAAUGCCUAAAUUUGAUGUUUCUUUGCCUAAAUUAAAACCAUCAGGAGGUGAAAUCAAUGUUGAAGGUCCUGAUAUGAAAGGUGGAAAAUUUCAUAUGCCCACUAUAGAUAUCUCUCUGCCAGGAGGAGGAGCGGGAGGAGAUGUAGAUGUUCAAGGACCUACAGGAAAAGGAGGAAAAUUUGAAAUGCCUAAAUUUGAUGUUUCCUUGCCUAAAUUGAAACCAUCAGCAAGAGAAAUCAAUGUUGAAGGCCCAGAUAUCAAGGGUGGAAAGAUUCACAUGCCGUCUAUAGAUAUCUCUCUGCCAGAAGGAGGAGCAGGAGGAGAUGUAAAUGUUAAAGGACAUGCAGGCAAAGGAAGAAAAUUUGAAAUGCCUAAAUUGGAUGUUUCCUUACCUAAAUUAAAAUCAUCAGGAGGUGAAAUCAAUGUUGAAGGUCCUGAUAUGAAAGGUGGAAAGUUUCACAUGCCCUCUAUAGAUAUUUCUCUGCCAGGAGGAGGAGCGGGAGGAGAUGUAGAUGUUGAAGGACCUGCAGGAAAAGGAAAGAAAUUUGAAAUGCCUAAAUUUGAUGUUUCUUUGCCUAAAUUAAAACCAUCAGGAGGUGAAAUCAAUGUUGAAGGUCCUGAUAUGAAAGGUGGAAAAUUUCAUAUGCCCACUAUAGAUAUCUCUCUGCCAGGAGGAGGAGCGGGAGGAGAUGUAGAUGUUCAAGGACCUACAGGAAAAGGAGGAAAAUUUGAAAUGCCUAAAUUUGAUGUUUCCUUGCCUAAAUUGAAACCAUCAGCAGGAGAAAUCAAUGUUGAAGGUCCCGAUAUCAAAGGUGGAAAGUUUCAUAUGCCCUCUAUAGAUAUCUCUCUGCCAAGAGGAGGAGCAGGGGGAGAUGUAGAUGUUCAAGGACAUACAGGAAAAGGAGGAAAAUUUGAACUUCCUAAACUUGAUGUUUCUUUGCCCAAAUUUAAACCAUCAGCAGGAGAAGUCAACAUUGAAGGCCCAGAUAUCAAGGGUGGAAAGAUUCACAUGCCCUCUAUAGAUAUCUCUCUGCCAAGAGGAGGAGCAGGGGGAGAUGUAGAUGUUCAAGGACAUACAGGAAAAGGAGGAAAAUUUGAACUUCCUAAACUUGAUGUUUCUUUGCCUAAAUUUAAACCAUCAGCAGGAGAAGUCAACAUUGAAGGCCCAGAUAUCAAGGGUGGAAAGUUUCACAUGCCCUCUAUAGAUAUUUCUCUGCCAGGAGGAGAAACAGGGGGAGAUGUAGAUGUUCAAGGACAUACAGGAAAAGGAGGAAAAUUUGAAAUGCCUAAAUUUGAUGUUUCUUUGCCUAAAUUCAAACCAUCAGCAGGAGAAAUCAAUGUUGAAGGUCCCGAAAUGAAAGGUCGAAAGUUUCACAUGCCCACUAUAGAUAUUUCUCUGCCAGGAGGAGGAGCAGGAGGAGAUGUAGAUGUUGAAGGACCUGCAGGAAAAGGAAAGAAAUUUGAAAUGCCUAAAUUUGAUGUUUCUUUGCCUAAAUUAAAACCAUCAGGAGGUGAAAUCAAUGUUGAAGGUCCUGAUAUGAAAGGUGGAAAAUUUCAUAUGCCCACUAUAGAUAUCUCUCUGCCAGGAGGAGGAGUGGGAGGAGAUGUAGAUGUUCAAGGACAUACAGGAAAAGGAGGAAAAUUUGAAAUGCCUAAAUUUGAUGUUUCUUUGCCUAAAUUUAAACCAUCAGCAGGAGAAAUCAACAUUGAAGGCCCCGAUAUCAAGGGUGGAAAGAUUCACAUGCCCUCUAUAGAUAUCUCUCUGCCAAGAGGAGGAGCAGGAGGAGAUGUAGAUGUUGAAGGACCUGCAGGAAAAGGAAAGAAAUUUGAAAUGCCUAAAUUUGAUGUUUCUUUGCCUAAAUUAAAACCAUCAGGAGGUGAAAUCAAUGUUGAAGGUCCUGAUAUGAAAGGUGGAAAAUUUCACAUGCCCACUAUAGAUAUCUCUCUGCCAGAAGGAGGAGCGGGAGGAGAUGUAGAUGUUCAAGGACAUACAGGAAAAGGAGGAAAAUUUGAAAUGCCUAAAUUUGAUGUUUCCUUGCCUAAAUUGAAACCAUCAGCAAGAGAAAUCAAUGUUGAAGGCCCAGAUAUCAAAGGUGGAAAGUUUCACAUGCCCUCUAUAGAUAUUUCUCUGCCAGGAGGAGGAGCGGGAGGAGAUGUAGAUGUUGAAGGACCUGAAAGAAAAGGAAAGAAAUUCGAAAUGCCUAAAUUUGAUAUUUCUUUGCCUAAAUUAAAACCAUCAGGAGGUGAAAUCAAUGUUGAAGGUCCCGAUAUGAAAGGUAGAAAAUUUCACAUGCCCACUAUAGAUAUCUCUCUGCCAGGAGGAGGAGCGGGAGGAGAUGUAGAUGUUCAAGGACAUACAGGAAAAGGAGGAAAAUUUGAAAUGCCUAAACUUGAUGUUUCUUUGCCUAAAUUUAAAACAUCAGCAGGAGAAAUCAACAUUGAAGGCCCAGAUAUCAAGGGUGGAAAUAUUCACACGCCAUCUAUAGAUAUCUCUCUGCCAGAAGGAGGAGCAGGGGGAGAUAUAAAUGUUAAAGGACAUGCAGGAAAAGGAAAGAAAAUUGAAAUGCCUAAAUUGGAUGUUUCCUUACCUAAAUUAAAAUCAUCAGGAGGUGAAAUCAACGUUGAAGGUCCCGAUAUUAAAGGUGGAAAGUUUCACAUGCCCUCUAUAGAUAUUUCUCUGCCAGGAGGAGGAGCAGGAGGAGAUGUAGAUGUUGAAGGACCUGCAGGAAAAGGAAAGAAAUUUGAAAUGCCUAAAUUUGAUGUUUCCUUGCCUAAAUUGAAACCAUCAGCAGGAGAAAUCAAUGUUGAAAGUCCCGAUAACAAAGGUGGAAAGUUUCAUAUGCCCUCUAUAGAUAUCUCUCUGCCAGGAGGAGGAGCAGGGGGAGAUGUAGAUGUUCAAGGACAUACAGGAAAAGGAGGAAAAUUUGAAAUGCCUAAACUUGAUGUUUCUUUGCCUAAAUUUAAACCAUCAGCAGGAGAAAUCAACAUUGAAGGCCCAGAUAUCAAGGGUGGAAAGAUUCACACGCCAUCUAUAGAUAUCUCUCUGCCAGAAGGAGGAGCAGGAGUAGAUGUAAAUGUUAAAGGACAUGCAGGAAAAGGAAAGAAAUUUGAAAUGCCUAAAUUGGAUGUUUCCUUACCUAAAUUAAAAUCAUCAGGAGGUGAAAUCAACGUUGAAGGUCCCGAUAUCAAAGGUAGAAAGUUUCACAUGCCCUCUAUAGAUAUUUCUCUGCCAGGAGGAGGAGCAGGAGGAGAUGUAGAUGUUCAAGGACAUACAGGAAAAGGAGGAAAAUUUGAAAUGCCUAAUUUUGAUGUUUCUUUGCCUAAAUUUAAACCAUCAGCAGGAGAAAUCAACAUUGAAGGCCCCGAUAUCAAGGGUGGAAAGAUUCACACGCCAUCUAUAGAUAUCUCUCUGCCAAGAGGAGAUGUAAAUGUUGAAGGAUCUGCAGGAAAAGGAGGAAAAUUUGAAAUGCCUAAAUUUGAUGUUUCCUUGCCUAAAUUAAAAACAUCAGGAGGUGAAAUCAAUGUUGAAGGUCCUGAUAUGAAAGGUGGAAAAUUUCAUAUGCCCACUAUAGAUAUCUCUCUGCCAGGAGGAGGAGCGGGAGGAGAUGUAGAUGUUCAAGGACAUGCAGGAAAAGGAGGAAAAUUUGAAAUGCCUAAAUUUGAUGUUUCUUUGCCUAAAUUUAAACCAUCAGCAGGAGAAAUCAACAUUGAAGGCCCCGAUAUCAAGGGUGGAAAGAUUCACAUGCCUCUAGAUAUCUCUCUGCCAAGAGGAGGAGCAGGAGGAGCUGUAGAUGUUGAAGGAUCUGCAGGAAAAGGAAAGAAAUUUGAAAUGCCUAAAUUGGAUGUUUCCUUACCUAAAUUAAAAUCAUCAGGAGGUGAAAUCAACGUUGAAGGUCCCGAUAUCAAAGGUAGAAAGUUUCACAUGCCCUCUAUAGAUAUUUCUAUGCCAGGAGGAGGAGCGGGAGGAGAUGUAGAUGUUGAAGGACCUGCAGGAAAAGGAAAGAAAUUUGAAAUGCCUAAAUUUGAUGUUUCUUUGCCUAAAUUAAAACCAUCAGGAGGUGAAAUCAAUGUUGAAGGUCCUGAUAUGAAAGGUGGAAAAUUUCAUAUGCCCACUAUAGAUAUCUCUCUGCCAGGAGGAGGAGCGGGAGGAGAUGUAGAUGUUCAAGGACAUACAGGAAAAGGAGGAAAAUUUGAAAUGCCUAAACUUGAUGUUUCUUUGCCUAAAUUUAAACCAUCAGCAGGAGAAAUCAACAUUGAAGGCCCCGAUAUCAAGGGUGGAAAGAUUCACAUGCCCUCUAUAGAUAUCUCUCUGCCAAGAGGAGGAGCAGGAGGAGCUGUAGAUGUUGAAGGAUCUGCAGGAAAAGGAGGAAAAUUUGAAAUGCCUAAAUUUGAUGUUUCCUUGCCUAAAUUAAAACCAUCAGCAGGAGAAAUCAAUGUUGAAGGUCCCGAUAUCAAAGGUAGAAAGUUUCACAUGCCCUCUAUAGAUAUUUCUCUGCCAGGAGGAGGAGCGGGAGGAGAUGUAGAUGUUGAAGGACCUGCAGGAAAAGGAAAGAAAUUUGAAAUGCCUAAAUUUGAUGUUUCUUUGCCUAAAUUAAAACCAUCAGGAGGUGAAAUCAAUGUUGAAGGUCCUGAUAUGAAAGGUGGAAAAUUUCAUAUGCCCACUAUAGAUAUCUCUCUGCCAGGAGGAGGAGCGGGAGGAGAUGUAGAUGUUCAAGGACAUACAGGAAAAGGAGGAAAAUUUGAAAUGCCUAAAUUUGAUGUUUCUUUGCCUAAAUUUAAACCAUCAGCAGGAGAAAUCAACAUUGAAGGCCCCGAUAUCAAGGGUGGAAAGAUUCACAUGCCCUCUAUAGAUAUCUCUCUGCCAAGAGGAGGAGCAGGAGGAGCUGUAGAUGUUGAAGGAUCUGCAGGAAAAGGAGGAAAAUUUGAAAUGCCUAAAUUUGAUGUUUCCUUGCCUAAAUUAAAACCAUCAGCAGGAGAAAUCAAUGUUGAAGGUCCCGAAAUGAAAGGUCGAAAGUUUCACAUGCCCUCUAUAGAUAUUUCUCUGCCAGGAGGAGGAGCGGGAGGAGAUGUAGAUGUUGAAGGACCUGCAGGAAAAGGAAAGAAAUUUGAAAUGCCUAAAUUUGAUGUUUCUUUGCCUAAAUUAAAACCAUCAGGAGGUGAAAUCAAUGUUGAAGGUCCUGAUAUGAAAGGUGGAAAAUUUCAUAUGCCCACUAUAGAUAUCUCUCUGCCAGGAGGAGGAGCGGGAGGAGAUGUAGAUGUUCAAGGACAUACAGGAAAAGGAGGAAAAUUUGAAAUGCCUAAACUUGAUGUUUCUUUGCCUAAAUUUAAACCAUCAGCAGGAGAAAUCAACAUUGAAGGCCCAGAUAUCAAGGGUGGAAAGAUUCACAUGCCAUCUAUAGAUAUCUCUCUGCCAGAAGGAGGAGCAGGAGGAGAUGUAAAUGUUAAAGGACAUGCAGGAAAAGGAAGAAAAUUUGAAAUGCUUAAAUUGGAUGUUUCCUUACCUAAAUUAAAAUCAUCAGGAGGUGAAAUCAAUGUUGAAGGCCCAGAUAUGAAAGGUGGAAAGUUUCACAUGCCCUCUAUAGAUGUCUCUCUGUCAGGAGGAGGAGCAGGAGGAGAUGUAGAUGUUCAAGGACAUACAGGAAAAGGAGGAAAAUUUGAAAUGCCUAAAUUGGAUGUUUCUUUACCUAAAUUAAAACCAUCGGCAGGAGAAAUCAAUGUUGAAGGUCCCGAUAUCAAAGGUGGAAAGUUUCACAUGCCCUCUAUAGAUAUCUCUCUGCCAGGAGCAGGGGGAGAUGUAGAUGUUCAAGGACAUACAGGAAAAGGAGGAAAAUUUGAAUUGCCUAAAUUGGAUGUUUCUUUGCCUAAAUUAAAACCAUCAGAAGCUGAAAUCAAUGUUGAAGGUCCCGAUAUCAAAGGUGGAAAGUUUGACAUGCCCUCUAUAAAUAUCUCUCUGCCAGGAACUGCAGAGGGAGGGUUUGCACUGGGAGGUAAAACUAAAAAAGGUUUAAAAUUUCACAUACCCACUGUUGAUCUCUCUGUCCCUAAAAUGAAACUAACAGAUCGUGAAUUUAAAGUUGGGUCAGGGAAGGAAGACAUAGACUUUAAUUUGACUCAUGAUUCUGAUAUAGAGACCAAAGCCUCUGGUGCCAAAAUUUGUGACGUAAAUGUCCCUGAAGUAACUCUAGGAGGGAACAUCAAGCUGCCAAGUGUGAAAAUACCAACUGUUGACAUUUCUGCUCCAAAAGUUGACCUGGACUUUACUCUUCCCAAGGCAAAAGGCAGUGAUAGAGAAAGCAUUGAACUUCUUAAAGCGGAAGGUGGAAGGCCGUCAUCUGGGGCAAGUUUUGAAGUUCCUGAGGUCUCUGUAAAAAUGCCCAAAAUUUCACUUCCCAAAUUUGGCAGAAAAUUGAAAAGCGGAGACAAAUUAGAACUAGAGAGUCCUGACUUUUCUACAGAUUUGGAAAUAGAAAGAACAUCACCAUCAAAAAAGGAUACUGAAAUAACUGGUCCUGACACUGAAAUGAAGAUAAAAGUAGGUGCUGGAGAAAUGACAAAACCAGAAUUCAGUGUGGAGGGUUCUGAAGAUAAGGUCAAAUCCAAGCUUAAAUUCACCAAAUUCAAGACACUUACUCCUAAAGCAAAGCUCAAGGAUGCAGAAAUGGCUAUGCCUGGAUAUGUGGAUAACAAAGGCAAGGUCAGAAUGCCAGCAGUUGAGAUAUCAUUGCCAACAACAAAUAUUCCAGAAUGUGAGGUAUUGCUACCUAAAACUGAGGUUGAUGUAUCUGAGGCAGAUAUCAGAAGUUAUGAGGGCAGUUUAAAAAUUCCUAAGAUGCCAACAAUUGACAUAUCAGUUCCAAAAGUUGAUUUGGAUGUUUCCUUGCCUAGAGUGAAACUUCAUGACCCAAUGGACUCGUCUGACUUAAACAUUGAUAGUAGUAGGGGUACAAUAAAUUUCCCCCAUAUCAAGAUCCCCAAAGUAGACAUUUCAGUUCCUCAUGGAAAAACGGGUGACUCGGUUAACCCUGAAGUGGAGGUUGGAAGAAAGGGUAAAUUAAGAAUGCCAGAAGUGGAAAUAUCAUUACCACAUGCAAAGCAUGACACAUCUUACACUGACACUGAAAUUAAAGAUGAAAGGCUAAAAAUUCCAAAAAUGUCAUUGCCCAGCGCCGAUAUAUCAUUGCCUCGUGGAAAGGAAAAUGAUGAUCCUGAUAUAGAAUUUGGAGUGAAGGGGAAUAAAUUAAAAAUGCCUAAGAUAGAUUUGUCACUACCUCAUGGAAGGAAAGAAGAAAGUCCUGCACUUGAACUAAAAGGUGGAAGAAUAAAGACACCUACAAUUGAUAUACCCCUUCCUAAAAUAAAAUCUAAAGAUGUUGUUUCAGAACUUGAACCUGAUGUUGGAAAAGGUAAAGUCAAUAUGCCUGGGAUUAAGGGAUCUGUAGAAGUAGAAGGUGGACAAUGUAAAAUGCCUGAUAUUAAGAUACCACAGAUAGACAUAUCAUUACCAGAAAGCAGAACUGGAGAGUUUGACACCAAAGAGGGAGAAUCUGGAAGAGGGGGUGGAAAAUUGACAAAGCCAAAUGUUAAAAUCUUAAAACUAGACAUGGGAAUAUCUAGAGAUUCAGAGAUGCCAGAUCCUUCAACUGAUGCAUGCCUUAAAGAUUCACAUAAAGAAUGUAAAAAGACGAGAAUGUCUAAUAUGGAUCUAGAGCUGGAUGUUGGCCUAUCAAAAGUUGGUAAAAAGGAUAAAAAGAAAUCUGAACUUCGAGAUACAGACCUGGAACCCACACCAAAAGAGAAAAUAAAAGGGCCAAAAGUUAAAGGUACAAAACUUAAUAUUGAAACUGACAUAAACAAGUCUGGAAAAAUUGAUACUAAGUUUCUAAAAGGAGGAACUGAUGCAAACUUGAAAGUUGGUUUACAAGCACCAAAGAUUCCUGAACUUGACUUUGACAUUGACACUGCCCAAGUUGGCACUAAUAAUUCUGAUGAAGAUAAAAAGCAGACUGGUAAAGUAAAAAUUCCAAAAUUUGGGAUUCCUCUGCCCUCUUUAAGUUCACCUGAAGCCAACAUCAAAUCAUCUCAGGGAAAAGGUCACUCUAUAAACACAGACUCUGAGGUAGAGUAUGAAAGCCCAUGUCUGCCAAAAGUAACAAAAGCUGUAUUUGUUAUGGUGAAUCCACAAACUGAGAGCUCUGCAAGUGUAGGUGGUGAAGCAAGUGCAGAAAUUGGAGAUGUGAAAAUCAAACAGCCAAAGAUCAAAAUGAAGCCGAGUUUUGGAAAGUCAAAAAGUCGAUCUAAUGCAAAGGGCAAAGCAAUAUAUUGUGAAGAUGAGGUAGAAACUGGGGGAAAGUCAAAAACUGGCAAGCUUAAAUUGCCCAAAGUUUCAUUUUCGUCUGGGCAGAGAGGAUCAUUUGAUGUAACACUGAGUGAGUCUGAUGAUGGAAUAAGUCCAAGUCUAAAUGGUGACAAAGAAGAAAAAUCAAAGUUUGGAAAGCUUAAAUUGCCUAAAGUGGAGUUUUUCUCACCAUACUCAAAAGAUGCAAGCGAGGAAGAGGAAAUGGAAACAAGUGUGAAACUCAAGAAGGAGACUUCAGGAGAAUGCAAAGAGAUCAAGGAGUCAAAGUCAUUAUCGGGUGCAAUCUCUUUCCCAGGUCUCAAGAAGACAACAGAGGAUGAGGAGGUGAGAAAGAUUAGUACUAUAGUAUCCUCAAAAGCAAGGACUGAAAUGUUGGCAGAACGGGAGGGAUCAGAGUCUCCAGUACCCACAGUGUCAUCUGGAUUCCUCUCUGUAAUGAAGUGUGAAGAAAGAGAGGAGACAACAUGGUUCAAAGUACCCAAGGUCACCCUUAGUCCCCAUUCUACUGGCAUCCUUCAUAUCACACCAGAAAGCUCUCCAAAAGGAAGCAAGUCCUCUCUUUCUUACUAUAGCGAGGAAGCCUCUGGAGGUUUCUAUGUGAAGAUGCCAAGUGUAGAAUUUUUGACCCAUGAAAUGCCUUCAGAACAUCUGAUUACUAAAACAGAGGGAACUCUUACUGUAGUGACUAAGACGACAAAGUAUACAGAAACAAAAGGUACCCGUUCAACACAGUAAGAAUCUCGGCUCACAUAUUUGUUAAUGUGACAACUGUUUCAGUUUUGGGGGUUUUAUUUAAAGUAAAGCAAGCAAACCUAUUUUCUACAGCUUUCGCAAGAAAAACAUAACUUAAACAUAAUGAAAAUGUUACUAAAAAAAAAGAAUAUUAUUUAUUUGACACAAUAUUUUUAUGUUUUGUAACUUGCCACUCUCUAUGAAACUUUAAAUUAAUAUAUUUUUAAAGAUCACAUAUAUCCACACAAAAAUAUCAGUUGUAGAUAAAAAAAAAACAGCCACAAAUCUGUAACACAUAAACAGAUGAAAAUAUAUAUUUAAAAACAUUUCAUUUUUACAUUUGCUUAUGAUUUUCUUGUGCAAUCUUGCAUGACAUACAUGCUGUAGAACUGACAGCUUUUUGGUAAUAUUGCUUUGGUUUUUCAAUGCCUGGUUUGUCUCUGUAGUUUUUGGUUGUUGUUAUGAACUUUUGUUUAUUUUAGAUACAUGUACUAGAUGAUACAGAUAAAACAUGUACUAUUUUUUACAUAUUUAUAUGCAUGACCUGUACAGACAAGACACUAAAAAGAAUGCCUGUAGAGUAUUUUUGUGAUACAUAUUUCCGUGACUUUUAAGAUAAAUUUAAACAUUAUGAAGUUUGUUGGGGGUUUUUUCAUUCACAUUUUUAAGGAUUGUUACAUGCUGUACCAAAAAGCAUUUCUCUGUUUCUCUUUUGGAGAAAGGCUCUGAAAUCUUGUGAAUUGAAAACAAUGAGUGUGACAUUUUCUUUUAUUAAAAUUAACUCUUGUGUUGAUGAUGGAAUUUGACUACAUGCAAGCGGUAUCACUGUAUAUAUAUAUAUUAUAUUUAAAGCAGGUUUAAUUACUGAACUGCAUGUUUGUAACGUGAGUUUUUUUUUUUUUUUGAAACAAUCAUUUAGGUGAUGCUUAUCUCUAUCUGAUGCAAAAAUAGAACAGUCAAAUAAAAUAUUAACGUUCUAA